GUGCAGGGUUCGCCGACAGGCACUGGGGGCUCCGGGAGCCUCUUUGUCCCUAAAAGUGGUUUAAGCCGCCCACACACUCGAGCCCCAUCACUGCCAAGGCGCCUGGGCCCCUCUGCUCCGCCCCAACCCUGCCCAAUUAUCGGGCUGAGACUAAACUACAGUUCCCAGAGUGCAUCGCACCGAGAUCUGCAAGCCGAGAAUCAGGUGGCUGGAGUCAGGUGACUUCUGGCCCGCCCUCACCCAAACUCAGGCUGCCGGGGGAAGCGAGUGCAGUCCGAGACGGAUCCAGCGUCGGGUGUGGUCCGUCCGCUGAGCCUAGAGGAUCUCAGGUGAGAGUCGGCGCGGCCCCAACAGCCUCCCCCCAUUUACCCGGGGGAACCCCAGAGGGCUUAAGACUGGCACCGUAAGCCGGUUGAGGAUCUUGCCGCGCGUCUAGUCCCCCUCCAGCGGCGCCAGGGUUCCAUCACCUACCAGCAGUGCCGGCCUCGAGACACCAGACAGCUUCCAGGUUGAAAGACCCGCGUGGUGGUACCUCAGCCUCUGGAGCUUGGGGACUUUCGCUGACCAAACAUGUUACAAGAAGCAGUUGAAGAGGGAAAAAUUCAGUGUGUGGAAGCUUACACAACGCACUUAGCCUCUCUGAGCCCAUGGCUCCACAUAUCAAAGAAAGCUAUGUUCCACACACCCCACCCCCCAGUCACCUCCAGGCUGGUGAUGCAGAGCACAUGAGGUCACAGUUCUUUGAAAUUGAGGAACAUGAUAAAGAGUUGGCUGAUUAUUUUUAUCCUUCUUCCCCUGAAGCUCAUAGAGAAAUGUGAGUCAACAGUCAACCUCACUGUUCCUCCCACUGUGAAGCUGGAAAAUGGAAGCUCAGCCAACAUCAGCAUCACCCUUCAGCAUCCAUUAAAUGCAACCUUGGUGAUCACUUUUCAAAUCACAUUUCGUUCAAAAAAUGUUACUAUCCUUGAGCUCCCUAAUGAAGUUGUGGUGCCUCCUGGAGUGACAGAUUCCUCUUUUCAAGUGAUCUCUCAAAAUGUUGGACAAGUUACUGUUUAUCUGCAUGGAAAUCAUUCCAACCAGACCGGCCCGAGGAUCCGCUUCUUGGUCAUCCACAGCAACACCGUGAGCAUCAUAAACCAGGUGAUUGGCUGGAUUUACUUUGUGGCCUGGUCCAUCUCCUUCUACCCUCAGGUGGUCACCAACUGGAGGCGGAAAAGUGUCAUUGGUCUAAGCUUUGAUUUUGUGGCCCUGAACCUGACAGGCUUCGUGGCCUACAGCGUGUUCAACAUUGGUCUCCUCUGGGUACCCUACAUCAAGGAGCAGUUUUUCUUCAAAUACCCCAAUGGAGUGAACCCCGUGGACAGUAAUGACGUCUUCUUCAGUCUGCACGCAGUUGCCCUCACCCUGGUUGUCAUGGUGCAGUGCUUCCUCUAUGAGCGAGGCAACCAGCGUGUGUCCUGGCCUGCCGUCAGCUUCCUGGUGCUCUCAUGGGUUUUCGUGCUCGUCGCCCUGAUUUUGGCUGCCGUCGGGGUAAUCACGUGGCUGCGGUUUCUCUUCUGCUUCUCCUACAUCAAGCUCGCGGUGACGCUGGUCAAGUAUUUUCCACAGGCCUACAUGAACUUUUACUACAAAAGCACCGAGGGCUGGAGCAUUGGUAACGUGCUUCUGGACUUCACUGGGGGUAGCUUCAGCCUCCUCCAGAUGUUCCUCCAGUCCUACAACAAUGACCAGUGGACGCUGAUCUUUGGAGACCCAACCAAGUUUGGACUCGGCGUCUUCUCCGUCUUCUUCGAUAUUGUCUUCUUCGUUCAGCACUUCUGCUUAUACAGAAGGAAACCAGGGCUUCAAGCAGCACACACGGGUUCUGACAGCCGUCCCAGGCAGGAUUGGGUGCUGAGCUUGGAGCCGAAGGCCUUGACCUAAGCAACCAGUGUUUCUGGGAGCAGCUUGAAGGACUGACCCCGCAGUUGUGAACCAAGGGUGCUUUGCUGUCACUGCUGUGUUCCCAGAGACCCAUGCAGCCAGGUGGUGUGGCCAAUGGACUCAGAGGUGCUGAUGCUGGUGGCGGAGGGGACAGGAUUGAUUUUGGGGUUAGGCCUUGGGGGGGGUCCCUUCUCUGAAGGCCACAUGCGCUGAGCAUUCACCUUCCUGAUGCUCGUUCUACAUAAUUCAACACCCACAACUGUGAUCACAGGUGGCCCAGGCUAGGGUCUGGUAAAGAAACUGGAUUUCGGAGCCUAGAGGUACCCAACAGCUUGGUUCUGAGCUAGGCUUAUGCCCAAACCCUCUGGAUCUAUAUCACACUACCCCCUUUGGGAUUUUUUGGAGGGAUGUUUUGGAAGUGAGUGGCUUAAUUUCUUCACCUUCUGCCUACCUCUGCUUUCCCAGAGUCAGGGACCCUAUGUAAGCCCCUUCAACUGCUCCUUGUCUUGUGUCCGAGUAUAGGAUACGUGGGCACACGCACACACACACACCAAUCUGUGCCUUAGAGGCCAGUAAGACCCGCCAAAUGGUGAGGGGCUGGCCCCCUUCCUUCACUUACCCCGGACACCUACCUGAGACUCACCAAUUUUUUGGCUAUUCAGGAGCCUCACUUAAGGACUUGAGACCACCUCACACAAUCCUCAUGGGCCCAACCCUUAUUCCAAACCUCCUUCCCUCUUCUCCCAGGCAGCUGUCCUUUCUGUGGCAGGAGGGGAGGGUCCCAGAGUGCCUUGUCAGUUCACUCUCAGAUUUUUUACUAUAAGAUUAAUGUGAGGUGCCUAUAUCCUUACUUAAAACCUGAUUUGUUUCCUUUCUGCACACUGAGCAUUUGCCAGAUGUGGGAGGCAGGUGUGUUGGCUUCAGAAGCAGUCCUUAGGGCUUAGGGAGACAGCCCUACUCACUUCGUGUAAGGAAACGCAUGGGUUGCAAAGUAUGCUGAUGGCGAGGUGGCUGCGUGCUGACCUGGCGCUUCAUCAGGGGAAGCCUCCUGGGUAGUGCAAGAUGCCUGCCUGCUCAGGGCCAGGUAGGUCACAUGGGUGCCGUGUCUCCACAGGGCAUGUUGCUUGAGCUGGGGUUGUGAGCAUGGUUUGGAUGGGUUAAGGACACUCUCUCAGGGGGGCGGAUGUCUUAUUUUUCAGAUUAUUCCUCUAUCCAAAUAUCAAAGAAUUUAGGAUCUUGUUUCCCUAAAGCAGAGAUUGCAGCCUGACCAAGCCCACAGACCUGUUUAUUUGGGCCACUCCAUAUGUUACUGGGUGCCACACUGCAGAAAUAGAUUUCAGACUUGAAAAUUUGAAAAACUGGAUUUGGCAGUUGUAGGUGGAUCCACAAAUGACAGUAAUUCCCAGAGCUGGUAGUGUGGCCAGUGCUAGGCCAGGCAGAGGCCCCAGUGAUCCAGCUUACCCCCAUCUCAUCAGAUCACAACCCCUGGAAACGUGGAAUUGCACUCCUGUCUGUGAUAAACUGUAUGCUCUUAAGAGUCUUAGGGGUAGGUGUUUUUCCGAUGAACCUCUUCGUGUCCAGGAGUCCUCUCCCGUGUGGAGCACAAGCUAAGUUACACGGGGGAAGUUAAGAGUUCCCUGCCCCACUUCCAGUGAAUGUACUCCCAGAUGUUCCCACAGAUGUGGCCCUGGCCGAACAGCAACAGGCAGGCCAGGCAACAGCUGGGCUUCGUCUCGGAAGUGGUUGGGGAUCAGGCUAGUCAGCCCUACAACCAAAGCUCUAGCCACCAUCCACCCCCAGACCCCUACCCCGUGCCUCAGCAAAAACCCCUUGUGAUUCCAGCACUGUUUAUUUGGGCCCAAGAUGUCAGGUACGGGGCAAUUUCAUACUACCUCAUUUCCACAGGAACCAAAAUAACGCUGUUGUUUCCAGAUGUGAAUUAGUAAGCUAAAUUCAAAAGUAGAAUUGGCAUCUCCAAAUAGUAAGGUAAAAAUGCUUGUGUAUCAAAGUUGUGAUUAAAAAAAUAUAAAGUUAAACCCACAGAA